AUGCCGCAGCUGCCCGGAACCCCCGCCGGAACCACCCUGCCACCCGCUGUCGCCGGUGCCGGCACCUCGUCUUCAUCGCUCGUCCUCAUCCCCCCUCCUAGUGACGCCAACGCCCCGCCGCCCCUGGACAUCGGCGCCGUUGCCGUGCGCCGCACCACCGCCGCCCGGAGACCUCGCCGCCUCGACCUCUUCCCCGUCGUCGACCCCGCCACCGUCGCCGACCCGUCCCCGUCCUCCACCCUACCGGACCACAUCGAGCCUCGCCGCCAUCUCUGCUCUCCAACGCCGGUAAGGGCCGUGCCCUCCUACUCCCCUCUCUACCCCGUGUGCCACGACCUCGUCCGCCGCUCGCCGUUGCCACCUGACCCGCGCGCCGGCCGCACCCAGUGUGUGCGCCCGCAGCCGCCGGCGGUGCUCUGUCCGCUGCUGCUGCGGCCCGCGCGCUGCCUGCGCCCCACCUCUGCCUCGCCACCGCGCUGCAUCGCCGCGCUCCGCCUGUGA